CACCAGGUGAUGUUGUUGAAUUAUCAGGGAUCUUUCUUCCUGUUCCUUACACUGGAUUUAGGGCACUGCAACCUGGUUUAGUUGCAGAUACCUACUUAGAAGCCAUGUCUGUCACUCAUUUUAAGAAGAAAUAUGAAGAUUAUGAACUUGGGGAAGAGGAGGCAGAGCAAAUUGCUCAUUUAGCUGAGGAUGGUGAUAUUUAUAACAAGUUGGCAGUCAUUAACACCUGAAAUUUAUGGACAUGAAGAUAUUAAAAGGCUCUGCUUCUUCUUCUUGUGGGUGCUCCUCACCAGAAACUGAAGGAUGGGAUGAAGAUUAGAGGAGAUCUACAUGUAUCUUUGAUGGGUGAUCCUGGGGUUGCCAAAAGUCAACUUCUCAAGCACAUAGUAAAUGUGGCACCUAGAGGGGUGUAUACCACUGGCAAAGGAAGCAGUGGAGUUGGUUUAACAGCGGCUGUUCAAAAAGAUCCAGUAACAAAUGAAAUGGUCUUGGAAGGGGGAGCAUUGGGAUAUAGUGAGGUCCAGUUGAAGGAAUGUUUAGAGGAAUAUGCAGCCUUAAACGUGUGGCAAAUACAUCCCCAUGCUUUUGAUAUCCGUUUCAUUGAUGCCUGAAAACAGUUCGUUUUUGAACUAUAAGAAGCACUGGAUAGCUUUAUUUUACAGAUGGAGUAGGAUAGUAUCCAAAUUCGAUUGCAGGAGUGAUUGAUAAUGGGGGCUCAGCCAAGAGUGAAAGCCAUACUUUGGCUUGGUUAAGAGACAUAUUCAGUUAUGGCGGUGAACGGCCAAAGUCUUUCCGAGCAGUUGGUUUCUGUGAAAGAAGAAAGUAUGACCAUUUUGAAGGAAUUCAUCACCAAACACAAUGUUCCCACCGAUGUCCUUGAUGAUCUGGUUGAACCUUCUUCUUCUUCAGAAGAAGAAGAGGUCUCCGAGAAGCCCCAGGCUAAGUCAAAGAAAACAAAAAUCAACGAAGACUGAGGAAUUCCAGCCCCAAAAACUUGUAUGGAGUUCUUCCCAUGGUGUAUUUACUAUUCAGUAUUAGGUUUUUUAUGCAAAAAAACAGUUCUAUGUUCCAUGGAAAUCCAUCUCUUAUGUGUUGAUUUUCAGAUUUACUCCAAACGGGUACUUUAUAUAAUAGAUUUCUAAGCUUAAU